AUGCAGCAAAGGCAGGAAUGGUUUCCUUUCCCUCUCUGUGUGACAGCGGAGCAGUCGGUUGGAGAAGGAGCUCCUGCCUGUCCAGCUGCAGGUGGAGAGGGUGGGCGGGGUUAUCCAAGAUGCAGGCCGGCCAGCAGAGCAGAGACAACGCCGUUACCGAAACGACAGCCGAGCCCAGCUCCGUCCCCAAAACCUACACCGACUCCUGAACCUAAACCAGCACCAACGCCAGUGGAGGCCGAAGCCAUCGUGGCCAAACCAGCUGCGAAGGUGGAGCCCAAAGCAGAAUCCAGACAGAAGGCCAUGGCGUUGAGCCGGAGUCCUGAAGUGCCUGCUGAGUCAUUAGAGCUGGAGGUCACCACUCUGCAGAAGUGUUGGAGAGAGACGCCUCCUCCUCAGUUAGGACCAGAGAUAAGAAAAGAAGAAGAAGAAGCCUCACGCAGAUCGCCGCAGCUUUUCUAA